AUGAAAAUUGAGACGGAUUUCAAACUGAAAGAUGCGUUGAUAGCAAUGGGAGUGACGGACAUGUUCUCUGACCACGCCGAUUUGACUGGAAUAUCCAAGGAGCCUCCGCUUAAAAUCUCAGACGCUGCUCAUAAAGCCAUCAUUGAGGUAGAUGAGGAUGGAACAACCGCGGCAGCUGCCUCAUACGUCAAAGUGGUACCAAUGUCGAUGAUUAUGGAUAAACCGGUGCAAUUCCGAGCGGAUCAUCCGUUUGUGUUCAUGCUGACCAAGGAUAACAAUCCUUUGUUCAUGGGUCAAUUUGUCUUAGCUGGCAUUUUCUGUGCGCAAUAA